UAAACCCCUUAAAUUUCGGUCCACUAAAAGUUCAAUUUUCGAAAACCCCUGAUUUCGGUUCCUUUCUCUCUCAUCAACCUUUUGUUUCUCUCACCUCUCCAGCGGCACUGCGGCGAUGGCGGCGUCGGCGUCGGCGGGGAGACGCACGGUCACGCUCGGCGGCAAAGGCUCUUCUCUGACGUCCUCCUCCGUCUUCGACGUCGCGAGCGGCUUAGCUCGCGUAACCUUAGAUUCCUCCGCACUCUCGCGUCGCUCCUCCUCCAACUCUUCCAUUUCCGCCGCAAAAUUCUCUUUCACGAUUCCCGAUUACUUCACGCCGAAGGAAGCUAGGGCUUCUGUAAUUCUGCUGCUGAAUAAGCUCUUGCUUUCUUCCUCUUCUUCCGCCUGCGCUCAAUUGAUCGAAAUCCUCGAACUGAACGAUCUCGGUUCGGAUUAUACACUCGACAAUGUCGCAUCAGAUGAUCUGGCUGUGCUCGAUUACUCUGCUGCUGCGAUUGCUGGAGUUUCUGCUAUUCUGGAUCACCGCUCUUCUGCAUUGGUCUCCAUCGUCGAUGCCGUUGCAGCUUUAUCGUGUGAGGCUCUGCGAGCUGACGCGUCGCCGUUCAAUUUGAUGGACUCCGGCGACGGUUCAACGGCGAAGGACGCCGUUGCUGUAGCAUCCGAUUUUAAGGUAUUUUUCAACGGUUCGAAGCUGGUUAAUUCGGGGAAGAAGCUCUCGGAUGCUUCCGUGGCGGAGAUUCCGUCGCUCCAUGGAGAUUUCAGGGAUGUUUCUCGAUCGCUCCACUCGAGAACUAGAGUUCAGCUGAAUUCCGGAUUCGGAGCUGGCUCCGCCAAGGUUUUGACGAUGGCAUUGGGUUCUUUGGCUUCGUCUCUGUCGUAUUUGGGGAUCAACAGCAUUCGUCGCACCGAGCUUCUUCUCUCCGGUGAAUCAAUUUCUGUGAAAUUGCGCGCUCGUCUUGCAGAAAUGUUGGCGGCGAAAUGCCUGCGUCCGGCUCUGAAAGAGAUGUACGCGUCUUCUCAAGAAGCUCGAUUGAAUGAGGAUCAUUUACUGUUCGUCCACAAAAUUUACGAAUUGCUCGAUGUGGUGAGGAAUGUAGUUUCGUGGGAGGCUACAGCUGCGUUCAUUUCUCUUGGAGGAAGUGAGAUUUUUGGCGAUAGAAUUCAAGGAGACAAUGGGAGUUUGAGCGAGCCUUCAACUGGGGAUAAUCUUAAAGCUGAUAAGAAGAGUGAGAAGAAGAAGAAAGUUGUUAUGGGGAAGGGAACAAUUGCUCUCAUGCAGUUUAUCAAGGACAGGUUGCUCGGCGGAGGUGCAAAAUAUGACUUGGAAAAAUGCGCUCAGGAUUUCCAGUCAUUACUGGAUCCAGAGGAUCCGUUUUUUGAUGAUCUCGUCACGAAAGUGAAAGAGAUCGUGGAAACCAAUGAAAGUCGAAGGCUUCCGAAGCUACCUAAGGGUACCCGUGAUUUUGCGAAGGAGCAGAUGGCUGUUAGAGAGAAAGCUUUCACAAUUAUAACUGAGGUUUUCAAAAGGCAUGGCGCCAUGGCUUUGGAUACCCCGGUCUUUGAAAUGAGAGAGACUCUUAUGGGAAAGUAUGGAGAAGACUCAAAGUUGAUCUAUGACCUUGCCGAUCAGGGUGGAGAACUCUGUUCACUCCGAUAUGACCUGACGGUCCCUUUUGCUCGAUAUGUUGCUAUGAAUGGCUUGACAUCAUUCAAAAGGUACCAGAUAGCAAAAGUUUACAGAAGGGACAAUCCAUCAAAGGGACGGUAUCGUGAAUUCUAUCAAUGUGACUUUGAUUUUGCCGGUCAAUUUGAAAAAAUGUUGCCAGACUUUGAGGUCAUAAAAAUCUUGACAGAGUUGCUCGAUGAGCUAGCUAUUGGAGAUUAUGAGGUGAAGCUAAAUCACCGGAAGUUACUUGAUGGCAUGUUGGCUAUCUGUGGGGUGCCACAAGAGAAAUUUAGAACUAUUUGUUCCAGUAUUGAUAAGCUAGACAAGCAAACGUUUGAGCAGGUUAAGAAGGAAAUGGUAGAAGAAAAAGGUUUAACUGAGGAGACAGCUGAUAAAAUUGGAAGUUUUGUUAAAAACAGAGGAUCGCCGAUGGAGUUAUUGUCCAAGUUAAAACAGGAAGGCAGUGAAUUCUUAUCAAACAGUGAAGCCGAGCUUGCACUGAAUGAAUUGGAGAUACUAUUUAAAGCUCUGCUGAGGUCCAACUGUAUAAACAAAGUAGUUUUCGACUUGAGUCUGGCAAGGGGUCUGGAUUACUACACUGGAGUCAUAUUUGAAACUGUUUUCAAAGGCGGUGCACAGGUUGGUUCAAUUGCUGCUGGUGGACGCUAUGACAAUCUCAUAGGGAUGUUUGGAACGAAACAGGUUCCGGCAGUUGGAGUCAGCUUAGGAAUCGAGAGAGUGUUUGCUAUUAUGGAACAACUCCAAAAAGACCAGGAAAUCCGAGCAACUGAAACUCAAGUCCUGGUUAGCAUCCUAGGCGACGACAUAUCACUAGGCGCUGAACUGGCGAGCGAGCUGUGGGAUGCCAAGCUGAAGGCUGAAGUUAUGGUGAAUAAGAGAGUAACCAAGCACUUCGAUCGCGCCAAAGGGUCCAAGAUCCCCUAUAUCGCGAUAGUGGGCGACCAGGAGCUCAGCAGGGGCGUCGUUAAAUUGAAAGACUUCACGGCCUCGACUGAGGACGAGGUCCCGCGAAGCGGGCUCGUGGCGGAGCUACGCAGACGGUUGAACAUCGCACCUUAAAUACUACACAGACAGCACCACUGCCAUGAUCAUCGAAUUGUCCUAGUUGCAGUUUCUCUCUUUUUGACCAGUUUUUUACCCCUUAUUCUUACAUCGGCAAUUUAGCUAACAUGUAUGUUUUGUGGAUUAGUUGUCUUGUUACAUUUGGAUUUUUACACUGUGAGUAAAAUUAUUACACAUAUGUUCUCGCAAAGAUUCUAUGAAAAAAUUAUCUCAGUUUUGAUGGAAA